AUGGCCGAUGCCUUUAGUGAUAGAGCAAUGUUUUAUCUGAGAGUGAUGUUUGCUUGGUUUUUAAGGAUAUUUGAUAAUGGUAGUCUUCUAGCUGAGUUACAAGUUAAGCCAACCUGGGUUGAUCAGAUUAGAGUUAAGCAGUUGAGUGAUGAAUCUCUGGUUCCUCAUUUUCGUCAUACUGAGGAUAGUAGAACUUCUAAUUUUGGACUGAAUAGUGACGGGGUUUUGUAUUUUAGGUGUUGGAUCUGUAUGCCUAAUGAUGUUGAGUUGCGGCUGUCAAUUAUGCGAGAAGCACAUAGUAGCCUUUAUGCUAUGCAUCCCUGUGGGAAUAAGAUGUACAGAGAUCUCCAAGAAUCUUCACAAGGCUCUGAGUACCCGAUUGGAUUUCAAUACUGCGUAGCAUCCUCAGAUAGACUGUCUGAUCAUGUUAUUCAGAUUCUAGAGGAUAUGUUGCGGAGUUGUGUAAUUAACUUCUGGGGUAGUUGGGAGGAUUAUCUGUCGCUAGCUGAGUUUGCGUGUAAUAACAACUUUCAGGUCAGCAUUCAGAUGGAACCUUACGAGGCUUUUUAUAGCCCUACUGGUCGACAUAAAUCUUAUACAGAUUUAAAAAGGCAUGAUAUUGAGUACUCUGUAAGUGAUCAAGUAAUUCUGAAAGUGUCUCCAUGGAAAAAGGUUUUCCAGUUUGGACGUAAGGACAAGUUAAGCCCAAGGUUCAUUGGACCUUAUCAUAUUUUGAAAUGUAUCAGAUCUAUUUCUUAUCAGAUAAAGUUACCUGCUAAGUUAAAUCGUAUUCAUGACGUGUUCCACGUCUCUAUGUUGAGACGAUAUCAGUCUGACCCCUCGCAUAUUGUCCCUGUUGAGGAGAAUUUGACUUUUGAGGAGGAACAUGUUCAAAUUCUAGACCAAGAUGUAAAGGUCUUACAGAGGAAAAUCAUUCCUCUGGUUAAGAUCCUGUGGCGGAAUCAUGACAUCGAAGAAGCCACUUGGGAGCCUGAGGAUUCAAUUCGUCAGUAA